GGGGUCCUCCUUCUGUCGUCAAUCGAUGCGUACCAACCUCUCACGUCACACUUGCUCUUUUGGCGAUCACGCUUGGCCGAUCAAACCGAUCUUUCCUGCAGUAAGGGAUAUGCAUAAUUAUAUAUCCUCAUACUCUCAAAGUAGCCUAGACCCUAAAAGCAUCAGCCUACAACACACCGUUGUUGGCGUCGAGCGUUCGGACUUGCGAUGGAAAGUGUCAUGGAAGAGUGAACGGGGUGGUCUUGAACGAGAGACAUUCGACUAUCUGAUAAUUUCCUCGGGGUUCUUCAGCACAAAGUGUAUACCCGAAAUACCUGGCCUCCAAUCAUUCCCAGGAGUAAUCAUGCACAGUUCAGACUAUCGUGAACACUCUCAAGUGGAAGGGAAACGAGUGGCCAUCGUCGGAGAUUCUUUCAGUGCUGCGGAGCUCGCCGGCGAAAUAGCCCCACUCACGAGAAGGCUGACACAUAUCCAUCCACGUCCUUUCUACGUCUUCCCCCGCUUUCUUCCUUUGAAGAGUGGGCAAUCCGCGUCAACUUUUGUGCCAAUUGAUCUCGCAUUCUUCUCGAAGUCCAAAAGAAAGUUUCCACAUGAAGCAACGGUUCCAUCCGAGGAGGAUCUGCGUUCCAAGCACCAGUAUUUCCAAAACCUAUGCGGAGACCAAGGUUUGAUUGCACCUGGGUUGUCUGUCAAACCCAACCAGAGCCCGUUUGUCAUUAUCUCCGAUCACUAUCUGAACUCUGUGAGAGAUGAGUCGAUCGAUUUGGUGGAAGGUUACGUUGAAUCAGUGGCCGGUUCUGCCUUGACCUUGUCCAGUGGCAAAAUCAUUGACGAGCCCUACGACGUUCUUAUCAUGGCCACUGGGUUCCGAUCCGAUCUGUCUUACCUAUCAACUGAAAUCCAAAAUGUCAUCGAUUACAAUCCUCGGGACACUCACCACCCAUUCCUCGCCCACCGACUUACUUUCCAUCCCGAACUCCCUAAUGCAGCCUUUAUUGGAAUGUAUCGUGGUCCUUACAUGGGUGUCGUCAUGUUGCAGUCACAUUGGGUUGCAGGAGUAUUCUCAGGCAAAUUGCAAGGACCUACUGCAGAGGAGUUGGCCCGUGGCUUGUCUGCAGAGAAGGCCCUUCGCGACACGUUCCCAAGGCCCCAGUUUCCUCACUCUGACUAUGUCGGCAUUCUCAACGAUCUUGGCGAUACGCUCGGCUUGACACCUUCGUCGUUGUGGCCAGACCGCAACACAGAAGUCGUCAUUCCGGCACAAUACAUAGCAGGCGACGCGUUGAGGUCUGAAGCCUCGCGACUUCUCCAGGAUGUUGAGAGCGACCUCGCUGCUGCUGAAAAAGGCAGAUGGGUGGCGGCAGCAGUAUACAGUGCGUGGCAAGGGUCGUGGAAAAUCAGGCGUCGGUUGGAAAGUGCGAAUUCGCAUUUACCAAGCGGAAAUUUCGAAGGAACGGCAAGUUUCAGACGAAGGGUGAUGGAUAUGGAUGCCGAUGAUCCAAAGAUGGAGUAUGGGUACCUUGAGCAAGGCAAACUGACGACGGAGACUGGAAUGUCAUUCGAUGCACAACGACGCUAUCGUUAUCACUAUUCCGAAGAGAGCGACCGGAUCGAUGCAUACUUUGACGACUCUUCUGACAAAAAGUUCUUCCAUUCUCUUCGAUUCCUUCCUCCUGGAGAGGAGAGUGCGGAGGGAGGGGUUUGGGCCCCGUGGGUCGCAGAGACGAGAAAGGGAUGGUGUGCAGUGGGAGAACAUUUAUGCGCUCCAGACACUUACGUGGCAGCAUACUGGUUCCAUUUCUCUGGAAUCCAUCUCAGUGAAUGGAAGGUGACGUACAAAGUUAAGGGACCAAACAAGGAUUAUGUCGCUUCCGCAAGGUUCACUCGUCCAUGAAUCCACGCAAACCAAUACUUAUCAUAUCAUUAAAAAGCACUGAAGGGGUCAAGGGUAACAAAGGAGCGGUACGGAGAAUCGGAUAGGUAUAGAAUGUACGUCUGGGAGAAGGAAUGUAGAAGGGGUAAAGACCAAGAAAUUCAGCGAAACAUUGGAGAAUAGAUAAUGUAACCCCAAAUUAUCGUCGCUGAGUACCACGCCCAUAGCCAAGCUGAAGAUUGUCCAGCUCCGAUUCGAGGCCCUUUAUGGCACUGUGAGCCAAUUCC